ACUGAAAUCAUCUCUCUGUCACCUGGUAGUCUACAUCCAACGUCAUAUUCCUCCUGGGUACGAGUCUCUGGAGUCUGUGAGAGAGACUAGAAUGAAGACUAUCAAUCAAGCCUUUAUCCAGCAGCUACACAUGCUACAGUCUGGACAGUGUGUAGUUCUACCCCUGGAGCUGGCCAUCCGUUCAGAGCUGCAGGCAUCACUGCCAAAGGGUUCUCCCACCCAGCAGCCAGAUUCUUCUGAGCACAACAUUAGAAGUAACCAUGGUGGUACCACUGAAGACAUUGUGAUUGACCUUACUGAUACCAGCAGUGGGGAAGAAGUACCGGAGUUGGUGAAAAGGAAUAAGCUUUCCAGGAGAAAGUCUUCCAUUGGACAUACAACCAUUAGAGAUCCUAACGAUGAUGCUGUUGAAGGUGAUACAUGUAGUCCUAUGUUUGAGAAGUCUUGCACCCUUCAAGAUGUUCUGUACAAAUUGGAUUCACUCUGUCAGAUACAAACCACUGAUAACAAGAGCUUGUACCAUGUCCUGGAGGCUACCAGAAGCCUCAUGGAAGUCAUUACGAGAAGCUGCUGCAGAUUUGGUGAGGACUUCGGAAACCUCACCAACAUCAAGGACAGCAGCACCACCAGCCCCAAGACCCACUCUUUGAGGAAAGCACCCAGAGGAGGAGAACGAAGGAGUGAUGGAGAAAGAGGAGGAGGAAUAGGAGAUGGAGUCUCUUCCAGGAAUACCUUGUCGAUGUGGAUUAGUUCGGAGCAGUUGGAGAAGAUGUGUGAUCUGUGGUUGAGGACCUUGCAGCUUUUGGCUGGGGCGGGGCAAGCUGGUGCUGGUGGGAAGAAGAUGGGAGGAGAUGGUGAUGGGAAGGAUGAGGGUGAUGCGGUCAAUCGUCUAGUCCAGUCUUCCUACCAGUGUAUCUGUUGCAGUAUCGCUGCUGUGCUUUCUCUGACUGGUGACGUGAAACUACCACAAGAUUUCCUUCACUCCGUUACAUGGAUUCUGUGUUUACCUUGGCUGCCUAUGGAAGCCAACUGGCUGGAUCUCAAGAUGUUUGGCAAAUCUACCAUGAAGGAAGUAGGAGGUCUCAGAAAUAGACUGGCAGAAAAGCUAGAUGAGUCCUCAAUGCAGCAGUGUCUUAAUCUUGUUGCUAUGCUGUCAAAGGAUGUUGCACCAAAAUGGAGGAUUCAUAUCUUCAAGGAUGCCAUGACCAGCAGUAAGGAGAGUAUCCAGAUAGCAGCUAUUCAAGCACUUCCGCUACUUCUCUUCAACUUGACACCCAGCUACUAUACACUUAUUCAAGAACACCUGCACCCCCUAUGCAGAUCUGAAUCUGAGUCUGUUACUAGCUGCUUGGCUGAGAUAAUGGGAGAGCUAUGUUGUGUGCUAGCUACUGGAUGUACACUCCACAGAGAGCUAGACAGGGAGCAAACACCACUACACCGAGCGGUGCUACUCAGGUGUACCACCUGUACCCCAGGCCAAAGCACAGAGGGAACCUCAGCAGACAAGAUGCACCAUUCAGCGGAACCAACCAUUCUAGAUGCUUCAAUCAUCUCUCCAUUCGUGGUGCUGUUGCAGAAAGGAGUCAAAACCAAACUAGGUAUGAUACACAGUCUGAGGCAGGUGUUAUCACAUUUGGAUCUGAAAUUCACCAAUUCUGCUGUGACUGGGGUACUCAAUGCCUAUUUAACCCUAGCUGUUGAUGAUGAUCAUCUAGUCAGACAAGUAUUCAGUCGUAACAUCAAGUAUCUGGUUGGUAACGGUGACCAGUGCAGUGACCUGAACAUCCAAGCAGUAUUAUCUAAGCUUCGUAACAUCAAGUAUCUGGUUGGUAACGGUGACCAGUGCAGUGACCUGAAUAUCCAAGCAGUGGUCACCCAGCUCAAGUCAGCCUUCCUAUCCGGCAAGUCUUCAGGGAAUGGACGUCUGCAGGAGACAGUGGUCAGUUCUAUAGGAGAGCUGGGCAAGUAA